CGAUCGCCCUCAGUCCUUUGUGCGCCUCCAGGGAGGUCAGGUCUAAGUCGGGUCAUCCACAGCCGGCUCUGUGCUCCCUGGUGCACGAGCUCGCCGUCGGAUCAUUCUAGUGGUGUUCUUUCAAGAGUCUCCUAAACUUCUGUCAUCAUGUUUGACAUCUUCGGCUCCGUCAAGGGCAUGCUGAAGCUGGAUGACGUCAGCACAGACAAUCAUGUGUUCCGUCUGCACUACAAGGUGACGACAGUGAUGUUGGUGAUAUUCUCCCUUCUCGUAACCUCACAUCAAUACAUCGGUGACCCGAUCGACUGCUACAGCACCUCCAACAUCCCCGACAACGUCUUCGACUCCUACUGCUGGAUCCACUCGACAUUCAGCGUGGAGCAGGCCACCAAAGCCCAGCGAGGAUUUACCCCUCACUACGGAGUCGGCACAAAGCAGACCGAUGACACCGUGCAGUAUCAUGCCUACUACCAGUGGGUCUGUUUCGUGUUGUUCUUGCAGGCGCUGAUGUUCUAUACUCCUCGCUUCUUGUGGCAGGGAUGGGAGGGCGGUAAGGCUAGGAUGCUAGUCAUGGAGCUCAACUGUCCGAUUGUUGAUGAACAGGCCAAGGACGACCGCAAGGCGUUGCUAGUGGAGUACCUGACGUGUAACAUGCACAACCACACGAUGUACGCGCUCAAGUUCUUCUUUUGUGAGUUUCUAAACCUGGUGAAUGUCGUGGGGCAGAUCUUCUUCAUCGACUACUUUCUCGACUACGAGUUCACGACAUACGGCCUGCGCGUGGUGGAGUUUUCACAGAGCGCCUCUGAGGAGCGGACCGAUCCGAUGACGCUCGUCUUCCCCAAGGUGACCAAAUGCAACUUCGAGACGUUCGGUCACUCGGGCACCCCUCAGGUCCACGACGCCAUCUGCGUGCUCCCGCUCAACAUCGUCAACGAGAAGGUGUACAUCAUCCUCUGGUUCUGGCUGGUCAUCCUCACCGCCAUCAGCGCCAUGGCCAGCGUCUAUCGCUUCUUCGUCGUCUUGUCACCCAACUUGCGGACGACGCUGCUGCGCACGCGCGCGCGACUGGCGCCUCCCGAUCAGGUGAAGGCGGUGGCCGGUCGACUCUGGCUGGGCGACUGGUUCGUGCUGUACCAGCUCGGCAAGAACCUGGACCCGCUCAUCUUCAAGGAGGUGCUGGAUGAUCUGGAUCGUGCCGUCUCAGUCCGUGCCUGACCCGCCUUUGUCUGCGAUUCACGGAGAUUAGAUAGAAACAAAAUGGCGUCUGUGACGCUCACCGUACGAGUAUUAAACCAGGAAUUGUGCUUUUUAUGGAAUGGAUAUUGGUUGGCUUUUAUGUGUUGGUGUUUAAUUACAUUCCAGCGUGUCUUUAUAUUGAAAUAUAUUAUACGUGCCACAUUUGUGU